GCCCCUAUAACACAAGGAGAUCACAAACUUUGUUACAAGCCAAGGUUAUGAUUUGACCUUGGCUAACUAGUUUUCUCCUCUGAUCUCUGUUUUGGGGUUUGAAUCCAUAAAAAUUUGGACACACAACAACAUCAAAUUAAUAAAGGUGUGUUGCGAUGGACAGUAUCUUGGGUCUCCUCAAACUUAGGAUUAAGAAAGGCAUUAAUCUCGCAGUUCGAGAUACUUCUUCUAGUGACCCUUAUGUUGUUGCCAACAUAGGGGAACAGAAGCUCAAAACUAAGGUCAUCAAAGACAACUGUAAUCCAGAGUGGAAUGAAGAACUGAUUCUUUCUAUUAAGGAUAUUAAUACUCCAAUAAAUUUGACGAUUUACGACAAAGACACCUUAUCAUCGGACGACAAAAUGGGUGAGGCGAUUAUAGAACUGAGGCCUUAUCUUCAGUGCUUGGUGAUGGGGUUGGAGAGGCUUCCAGAUGGGUGCGUGGUGAAGAGGAUUCAGCCAAAUAGGGUUAACUGCCUUGCUGAAGAGAGCUCUUGCAUUUGGCAAGAAGGGACUAUAAUCCAAGAGAUGAUCUUGAGAUUGAAAAAUGUUGAGUGUGGUGAACUUGUUUGUGAAAUUGAGUGGGUUGAUGUACCUGGUUGUAAGGGUCUAGCAGAGCUACGACCUUAAAGGCUGCGUUUGGAUUUUGCUUUUAGGAGAGAAACAUAUUAAUUACAGAAACUCAUUUUGUUAUGAAGAGAAAGAAAAGACAAUUUUUCUCUUCGAAAGACAGAAUCUUAAUAUUUUCUAUACUUUUUAAGAAUAGAAAAGAAAAGUCUAUCUGUCCAUUUACGUUUCUAUUUUAAAGACAAAAUCCAAAAGCAGAUAGUGUAACUACCCAAACAUACUUUUGAGUAUGGUUGAUCCAUUUUUGAUUGCCUUUGAGAUUUAAUUUAUUUAAAUAAUUUCAACAGGUAACAGCUGGGCAAGUUUUGGUAUCAUUAAAAAGUAAUUAGUUUGAACU